GACUCACUUUCAGUUUUCUAUUGGAAUUAUCUACUUUAGCAAAGCUAUCAACGAUCAAGAGAAGUUGAGAUUUUCGAGAACGAUUUCUCGAGUCUUCUGUCAAUACCUGUCAAAAAAUAUGCAUCACCGUCAAAUAUAAAUCUCGCGUACCACAUUUGCUUCGUUCUACUAGAAAUUUUAUUUUACUGUUUACUGCUAAUUAUGAUUUAUAACAUAUUUACGUUAUUACCGGAGCUACGGCGUUGCCACGUGCGUUCAAUACGUGCUGGCCUGCAAACACGCUGUGGUUAUGACAGAGGAUCACAGAGGAUGCGUUCGCUUCAAACAGGGAGGACUGUUUGACCAGUUUCUGUAGCAACAAAUUUAUAUUCUACAGGUUUUAAGAUACGCGGCACUUAUAUAUAAUCACGAUUGGCACAUUGACGUUUUUUUCUAUUUUUUUCUGUUGGCAUUGUAUGCUAUAAUUAAUGAAUUUAAUUUAUAAACGUGACUUCAAUUCUACAAGCAGUAACCUAAAUGACAUAUAUUUGAAAGAAUAUGAUAAUAAAUGUGACACUACUAACAGUUCUGUAUAUCUGAAAAACUGGACGAACCAUAAAUAAUAUGAGCUUUUUUCAAUUGUUUCAUUUUUCAUUUAGUGUGGUUUAAAGUAUCAUAGUUUUUAGGGAAAUUGUGUUAACACCAUAUUAUAAUAUAUUGGUAAAGUGACAAUGAACAUGAGUAUAUGAACUUAUAAAAGGAAUUUAGUUCUCUAACUGCCUAAAAUGAACGCAUUAGUGCGUUGUCCUGGUUUAUAUUGUGGCAGAGAGUUAUUACUUGAUGGUAAUUGGAGUGACUGUGGAGCUUGUCCACGAGGUUUUAGAACAAAUUCUUCAGCUUGUGUACCUUGUGAUGAUGUUCCAAUGUUUUAUGAUUGGCUCUAUUUGGGUUUCAUGGCCUUGUUAGCACUUGUACUACAUUGGUUUUGUAUAGACAGGCUAGCUAUGAGGAGAAAUAUUACUAAGGAAGUUAUAGCUUUACAUUUUUCUGCACUAUUUGAGAUUAUUACAGCAUCUUUCAUUACUCUACAAUUGACCGAUCCUAUUGGAACAUUUGGAAUUAGAUCAUGUAAAGCUAGACGGCUUUCUGAUUGGUAUACGCUUUUGCACAAUCCUAAUCCCAACUAUGAAAUGACUCUACAUUGUACACAAGAAGCAGUAUAUCCAUUAUAUACAAUGGUUUUUGUGUUUUAUGCCCUGGGUGUCAUAAUAAUGCUACUAGUACGACCUUUAGUAGCACACAAAUUUUUACCAAAACCAGGGAAGUUUUCUAUUUAUGCAGCUCUAUAUUUCUUUCCAAUUCUUGCUCUGUCACAUGCAGUAGGUGGUGGUCUUAUAUACUACUCAUUCCCAUACAUUACCAUCAUUUUGUCUGUACUCUCUAGUGCUGCACAUUUCGCCUUCAAAUUAAAUCAGUCUAUGCAAUCGCUACUCCUCAGCUCUGUAUCGGAUAUUAGAAACGUGGUGGUGAUCCUUGGUCACUGGCUUUUACAUGGUUAUGGCGUAAUGGCUAUUGCAACUCUUCGUGGAUUCAGCAUUCAUCCUGCUAUGCUCGCCCUGGUCCCUUUACCAGCCCUUUUCUAUAUUCUCACAGCAAGAUUUACAGACCCAAACAAAUUACACAUUGAAUAACUUGAUCUGAUUAUUGUAUACAAUCUUUGAUGUAAAGAAAACUUCAAGAAAAUGUAAAAAACUGUUUCAAAAGUUCAAGACGAUAUAAAUGACUAGAAAUAAAAUAUUAUAUGCUCAAAA